GCGACCAUUUUGGUGCCAACAUGGGCGAUCUUUCAAAGGAGAAUCUGCGUCUCAACCGGAUGACGAAAUUCGUGUUCACGUGCACGCAUCUCACGGAGCUGCGGAACGCCAUUCUUGACCUGUUCGAACUCUUCGACGAUAUUCUCACCAACCCAAUCAACACCUACUCCGACCUCAUGGACCGGGUCAACCGAGUACGGGAAGGUCGUCUAGCCAACGUGCGCAGUAAAUAUCUUCUGAAUGAUGAGGCUGGGUACCACGAAGGCAAAUUUACCGAUAACGAGACUGUCAGUGUCGUGAAAAUCCUCCUCGACUUUGUGGCAAUGAUGGACAACUGUGUAGCAGCAAUAGUCGGCAAAGUUGAAGACUACAACGAAGGAACCAGCCUGCUGGAGGGGAAGAUCCGUUCGCUCGAGGACCGGCUGAAGACGACCGAGCAGCUGUUAGAGAACAGUCACGUGGUCCACAAGGAGCGGCAUGCAGAGAUCACCGCCCUCGUGGACCGGAACCAGCAGCUUCUAAAGCAGAUCGCGGAGAAAAACGAAAGGAUACGAUUAUUAGAGAAGUCUGAACGUGUCUCGCGCUGGGAGGAGGAAAAGAAAAUAUUAUUGAAGCAGUCUGCUGCUAGAAUAGAUGAACUCGAAAAGGAAGUUGAACAUUUAAAGAGAAGCCUCGAUCUGCAUAAAAAUAUAGCGUCUACGACGGAUACAUCAUAUAAGGCGAUGAAGCUGAAGAACCAGCUGAUGACAGAAAAGGGGAACAGCGAGGACCAGACGCACAAUCUCACCAGAGAGCUUGGCCAACAGAACUUCAUGCAGGACAAGGACAUCAUGUAUUUAGAGAAGCAGCUAUAUGACCUUCAGACCUCCACUGUAGGCGUACUAGGCGGAAUGAAGACCGAUUUCCACCAACUAACCAAAAAGUUCAUUGAUCCUUCGGAUGGUCACAUCGAUGAAGAAUUCGUGAAACUGUCAUCACGGAUGGACAAAGUGCACAAGGCCAUUGCAGAGAACAGUAUAGACACUGUCAAACAAGUGCUGCCACCUCACUACAAGUUUACUGAUGACGAGAAUAUAAAAGUCAAAAGAAUACGCCGUUUAUCAAUGCCUGCUAAAAUACCUCCCAGAGUGCCCUCUCAUUUGGAUAACAGGAAACCCGUUCUAUCGCCGAUUCCCAGUUCCGGUGAGCACACGCCAAUAGAAACCCGAGACCUUCAUGACAUCCCUGAAUCUAAGAACCCUGUUUUGAUAGAUCCAAGUACCAAACGUCUUCACUCAAUAAAUCCGCUGAAGUACUUCCCAUUCAUGUCGCCAGCGUUUAUCAAAGACCAGUACGAGAGAUUUAAAGAAUACGAUGAAAAUGGAGACGGUUCGUUAGAUCUAGAAGAGAUGGUGCAUUGCGUGAAGAAGCUGGGAUUCCAGUUUAAUGUGCACGAACUUCAGGAGGCCAUGGAGGAGGUAGACAGGGAUGGAAACAACAGCCUGGACUUUUUCGAGUACAUGCUGAUCAUUGACGGCAUCUACAGACGAAAUGGUCAAGCUGCGGUAUUCAAGGAGGGAUUUACGGAAGUUAAGAAGAAAAACAUGUCCAAAACGUGUUCUAUUCAGUAACAGACAUGGUAAAGAAGCACGGUGCUACGUUUGUUGUUCACAAUGUUAAGUUGCUUACAACCAGAUCCGAUCACACUUGUCCACACACAUCCUUUAACCCAUUUAUGCCUAGUGGACUCUCAUCCUUCUAAAUUGUAUCAAUUUAUUUCCAAAAUUAGGGAUGUCUAGUAUAUGCAUUUCUAUAUUUAGAAUAUUUCUUACAGAAAUUCCUGUAAGCAAACAGCGCAGACCCUGAUAAGACGCCGCAUCAUGCGGCCUCUCAUCUGGGUCUACGCUGUUUGCCAAGGCCUUUUUUUAUAGACGCUAGGCAUAAAAAGGUUAAAUAGAAAUUAACUGGUCAAUGUAACGGUGUUGUAUCCCGUACUAUUGCUUAGAUAUUGUUCAGAUAGUUUUUGUCUUUGACAAUCACUAGCGCUUGUUGUAUAUAAGUGCGAUAAUCUAUCAUUAAAGAUCAAUCAGUUAUCAGAGCGUUCCCCUAUCACAAUAUCUGCAUGUCGUUGUCACUCAGAUUCCAUGCAUCGCAUCGUUUAAAGUAUAGCUCAUAAUCACAAUGUUUAAUUUUCAUUUCAAAUAACAUUAUUCAAUAUAUUUGUCAUAGCAAUAUUUACAGUUGAACUUCAAAUCACAAUGUUUAAACUGCCAUUUCCAUAAAUAUUGUUUAAAAAUCUAUGCCAAUCAAAGUGUUUUACAAGUCAUUAAACACAAUUGUCAAUAUCAAUCAUUUUAUAAUUUUAUAAUUUUGUA